ACACACACACAUAUGUGUAUAUAAUACAAUUUGUUGAGACCCACCUUCCGCUUGCGUCAGUUUCUUCCUCCUCUGCAACUUGCCUAUAUUCCUUUUCGUCUUCCUUCUGUCUUGCAAAUUACCCUUGUCACAAGUAUGGAUGUUUCCGGAGCUCAUAAAGAUAGAGGGGAGUUGAGGAUACAUGAAAAUUCGGACGAGUUAAGCACCGAUUUAGCGGACUAUAUUGCAGAAUUAUCAGAGGUGUCGGUGAAAGAGCGCGGUGUUUUUGCCAUUGCUCUGUCCGGUGGUUCUCUCAUUCGCUUGAUGGGAAAACUUUGUGAAGCUCCAUAUAACAAAACUGUUGACUGGGCCAAAUGGUACAUAUUCUGGGCUGAUGAGCGUGUCGUGGCAAGAAAUCAUUCUGAUAGCAAUUAUAAGCUGGCAAAGGAGGGACUUUUGUCCAAGGUGCCCAUUGUUCCGAGUCAUGUACAUUCCAUCAAUGAUUCAGUGUCGGCAGAGAAAGCUGCCGAGGACUAUGAGUUUGCCAUCCGACAACUUGUGAGAACCCGCAUAGUAAGCGUGUCUGAGAUCAGCGACUGUCCCAAGUUCGACCUCAUCCUUCUUGGAAUGGGCUCCGAUGGGCAUGUGGCUUCACUGUUCCCUGAUCACUCGGUGCUUGAUGAGAAGGAUGAAUGGGUAACUUUUAUAACUGAUUCGCCCAAGCCUCCGCCUGAGAGGAUCACUUUCACUUUCCCUGUCAUCAACUCGGCUUCCAAUGUGGCUGUGGUGGUGACGGGAAGCAGCAAAGCAGAGGCCCUGCGCUCGGCGAUUAAUAACGUCGGGCCGGAAUGCUCAUCAUUGCCUGCAAGGAUGGUCCAGCCAACCAAAGGGAAGCUGGUGUGGUUUCUGGACAGGCCAGCAGCCUCGAAACUUUGACAGUUUUCGAUUUUACAAGUAGGUCUACAGUCUACCCUGUUCUGGUGAAUUGUAUGUUCGUAUUUAGAGGGGGGAUUUGAAAUCUAUGGAAUCCCUUCUUUCAUUUGUUAUUUUCUUCUUCCUUGUAUUAUUAUUAAUUUUUUUCUAUAUAAUGUUAGGUUAGUCAUCCUUUUGUAGGGGUUGGGGAAGUGUGAUUUAUCCUUUUUGCAAGAAACUUUUCAAGCUUUCAAUUUUAUUCUCAUGAAUUGUUCAGUUAAA